AUGUGUAUUAACCGGAUGGAAAAAAAUUCCUUGCAUCAUUAUUAUUACUGUUAUUACGGAUAUGAUCUAUUUACCCAGACGCCACCCCUCCAAGGUCGUAUUGAAUGGAUCGAAGUUUCAAAUAUACGAUUUCACAUUUUAUAUAUUGAACAAUUAAUACAUAUACAAACAAUAGGAGCGGGAACAUCCAAACCAGCAUCCAUGACGUCCUAUGCUCAAGCGAUUGAUAAGAGCGUUCAGACUCAAGCACGUUUUCCGAGCAGCAUAGCCAACGUGCCGAACAGAGUGAGCUAUGAUAUCACACAUAUGACACCGGAAAUACAGACAUGCGCAGAUGCGACUUGGCUCCUAGCGAACCAAAAUGUUCGGCGACCAUAUUUUUUUGCAUUGUUGUGCAUAAUUUGGGAUAUUAACGAAAUGCCGAACAUGUUACGGGCUUCCGGUCUAAUAGCUUUGCAACGGGAAUCGGAUGAACUUCUCCAAAAAGGUCAGUUUCAACUGAGAAAAUGGCGUGCAAGCGAUCGAAGAAUCCUCGAAAAUAUAUCAAAAGAACGCGAAGCAGACAGUUUGCUAACAAUCGAUAAAGAGGGUCCAUUAAAAACCCUUCUGCUCCUUUGGGAUUCGAACUCCGACUCGAUGCAAUACAGCGUGAAAAUUGACGAGUCUUCAAAGAUCACCAAACGAGUCAUACUUUCGAAGAUCGCGCAGAUAUUUGACCCGUUGGGCCUAUUAGGUCCUGCAAUAAUUAAUGCAAAAUGCAUUAUGCAAAAAAUGUGGCAGCUGAAGACUGGGUGGGAUGAGCUCUUGCCUCCAGAAAUUCAAAAUACAUGGACUGAGUUCUACAGAUCUCUGCCAAAAAUUAACAACGUUCGAAUAGCAAGGAAUGUAAAUCCGAAAAAUGCAAAAGAAACCUUCGACCUUGUGGGCUUCGGCGAUGCUUCUGAAAUAGCGUUUGGAGCAUGCCUCUAUGCAGUUUCUGGAGACUUGAAGGGCAAUAAACAAUCACAUCUUAUCGGAUCAAAAGGCAGAGUCGCACCACUCAAAACCAUCUCAUUACCGAGAUUAGAGUUAAAUGCCGCGUUGUUGCUCGUGAAACUCUGUGAUACGGCACGACAGGCAUACGGCAACAAAAUCCGUAAAGUUUUCCUUUGGAGUGACUCCACAAUCGUUCUCAGCUGGAUUUCGACAUUGCUGAACAUAAGAACAAUGUACGCGGCUAAUAGAGUCAUGAAGAUUCAAGAAUUAUCUCAAGAUGCAACUUGGCUACACGUACCUUCCAAAGAGAACUCUGCGGAUUUGUUAUCUAGAGGAAUCACAGUUGAUCAAUGGAAGCAAAUUGACCUCUGGUGGCGUGGCCCCGAGUGGCUCCGGUCUGAAAAAUGGCCUAAAAGAAUAGAAGUUGAAGUAGAUAUGACGGAAACGAGGUCGUCAGCCGUUCUCAUAAGCACAAAAACUGAGACGUUCGAAGUGCUGCGGAAGUUCUCCUCGUUCGGCAAACUGCAGCGAGUGAUAGCUUUCAUCCUCAGAUUCAAAGCCAAUACGUUGGGUGGAAAGAAAAAUGGUCCACUUUCGGUUGACGAACUCGAAAACGCGGAAAAAGCAAUAAUGAAACUGAUUCAACGAGAGGCAUUCGCAACAGAACUACAAUCCAUCGAACAAGGAGCACAAGUCAUCAAGACUAGCAAAGUUGCUUCUCUUAAUCCAUACAUCGAUGGUGGAGGACUUCUUCGGGUUGGCGGACGAUUGUCGAAGGCUGACAUUCCAGAAACUCAGAAGCAUCCGAUGAUAUUACCAUCUCGACACCCCAUCACGAAGCUAAUUCUCAAGAAAGAGCAUAUCCGGCUGCAUCACUGUGGUCCAGAGAACUUGCUCAAACCCAAGACUCCAGAAGUCAUGAUGGGCGAUCUACCGAAGGAGGGUGUUCAUGGAUCUUUGAGGCCACUUACUACGACAGGGGUAGACUACGCAGGCCCACUGCAAGUACGUGAACGUCGUCGACGCGGGCGAGUACACGCAUCAAAGGCAUGGAUUGCUGUAUUCACCUGCUUUGCCACAAAGGCAAUUCAUUUGGAGCUUGUUGCGGAGCUAACAUCCGAAUCAUUCUUGGCAGUGCUACGGCGAUUUGUCGCUAGACGCGGUAUUUGUUCGCAAAUAGUAUCCGACAAUAGUACCAAUUUUGUUGGAGCAGAUGGAGAAUUGAAGGAAGUUUUCGAAUUUCUUGAAAAAGAAGGAAACACGAUAUCGGAGUAUCUCUUCCAACAGAAAAUCACCUGGAAAUUUAUCCCGCCACGGGCACCGCAAAUCGGCGGACUGUGGGAGGCAGCUGUCAAAGCUACAAAACGACAGCUCAAUACAGUUACGAAGGGCUUGGUCCCAACGUUCGAGGAAUAUUUAACUCUUUUGACUGUGACGAGGCAAUCGGCAGUCGGGCCGAACACCUGUUCACCCGUUAACCGAUUCCUGAAAUCGACCCGCUGCCACCACCUCGUCACUAGGCCCCGAACCCCUCGGGCCGCGCGCAACCCCCACGAGCCGCGCGCAACCCCGCGAGCCGCGCGCAACCCCUAA